CACGCAAACCUCCGGAGUCGGCUGCGGAAAAGUGUCAUUUCUUGACUUUUUUUUUGAGUUCGUCUGUUGCACCACCUGCAUCCCGGAACGGAGAGCAAUCAUGUCUCUACCAGUCGGGCGGAUCCUCCGCAGCGCUGCGGGGCGUACCCCCACGCCCCGGAUUCUCGGGAGGAUUUCCGUCUCCACACACAGCAUGAACCCGAGCCGGCUCCGACGAGCUCGGGAUUUGGAGAGAAACCAAGCCGUUGCCGGGUUCCACACCGUUCCGGCAGCUCGUCGGCAGGACAGCAGCAGGAGCAGCAGCAAAGACGGCCAAAACAACAACCGAAACAACAGACCCCAGAAUACCACGCAGAAUAAGCCGGCACAAGACCCGACGGCAGGCUCCUUUGCCCGGACCGAUGAGUCCAUCACAGUCGAAUACCCUCCCGAGCACCAGCUUCCGGCUUCCAUGCCGGUAGAGGGCACAGACCGCGCUGGUGCCCACGUCUCCCCCACGCUCGCGACUUUUUCGUUGCAGGGCAAGGUUGCCGUUGUGACGGGAGGAGCCAGAGGGCUGGGCUUGGUGAUGGGCCAGGGUAUCGUCAUUAGCGGGGCAGACCUAGCCCUCGUCGACCUUAACAAGGAGGAAGCCACCCGGCAAGCGCAGAACAUUGUUGAGACCUUCCGGAAAGACCAUCCAGAUAAGAAGCCCCCCAAGGUCACGGCUCACUACGCCGAUGUGUCGAACCCGGACAGCGUCGAGGCUUGCAUUGCCGAGAUCAUCGCCGAGCACGGCCGGAUUGACAACCUGGUGACCUCGGCCGGAUUCACCGAGAACUUUGAGGCCGUCGCCUACCCGAUCGACCGCAUGCGCAAGCUAUGGAGUGUCAACGUGGAUGGGACGUAUUUGUUUGCUACCGCUGUAGCGAGGCAUCUGCGUAAUCCCUACAACGCUGCCAAGGCAGCCGUUCGCCACCUGUGCGCUUCGCUCAGCGUUGAGUGGGCCAAGGCCGGCAUCCGCGUGAACUGCAUCUCGCCGGGCUACAUGCUCACAGCCUUGACGCAAAAGAUCCUCGACGACAAUCCGGACCUCAAACGGCAGUGGACCUCCCUGAUCCCCCAGGGCCACAUGGGCUCGCCCGAGGAUUUGAUGGGUCCCGUGGUCUUCUUGCUUUCGGACGCCUCGAGCUAUGUAACGGGCGCUGAUCUGCGUGUUGACGGCGGCUAUACUGUGACAUAA